GGCUCUCCGGGGCCGGAUGGGACGAGAAGAGGAAGCAGCAGCGCUGGGAAAGCGCCGCGCUUCCUGGAGCUGCGCCUCCGCCCGUGCGCUCCUGUUGCGCCCCGGACGCAGAUGCAGGUGUCCCUCGCGCUGAGCUCUGAGCCGCUGCCCUGUGGGACCACCCAGCCCCCUGGCAGUUGGGGCUGCUCGUCUGCAUCCCGAAUUCCUCUGCCCAGCGUUCUCCCCGCCUUCCCGUUCUUCGGAGAGCACUAAGAGGAGUAUUUUUAGACGCUGGUGUGUUCCUCGGCUGAAGAUAACUGAAGCUCUUCUCCUGCAAGGGCGUAAAACUCUGGGAUGAACAACGCAACGCUCGCCAACGCGUCUUCUCCCCCCGGCAGCAUGUCUCCUGCCACGCUGCGCUUGGAUUUCCUCCCGUCGGCGGUCGGCUCCGGCCCCCUGGUCGUAGGCGAUGGCUCCCAGCUGAGGGCUGACCAGAACCACUCCCAAGACAGCCAGCAUCUCUUCCUGACCACUUCGGCGGCCAAGGUGAUCUCUGGCCUCUUUGUGUGGGCUGCCCUCGUCAUCACUUGCCACCAAAUCUUCUUGCACCUGAAAAGCUACACCAUCCCCAACGAGCAGCGCUACAUCAUCCGUAUCCUAUUCAUCGUGCCCAUCUAUGCCUUCGACUCGUGGCUCAGCCUUUUGCUGAUCGGCAGCCACCAAUACUACGUUUAUUUCGACUCGGUGCGCGACUGCUACGAAGCCUUUGUAAUCUACAGCUUUUUGAGCCUUUGCUUUGAGUACCUUGGAGGGGAGAGCACCAUCAUGGCUGAAAUCAGAGGGAAACCCAUUGUGUCUAGCUGCCUCUAUGGAACGUGCUGUUUACAAGGGAUGUCCUAUUCCAUUGGAUUCCUCAGAUUCUGCAAGCAGGCAACGCUGCAGUUCUGCAUUGUGAAGCCUCUGAUGGCUAUCAUCACCAUCAUCUUGCAAGCCUUUGGGAAAUACAACGACGGAGACUUCAACAUUCACAGUGGCUACCUCUACAUCACCAUUAUCUACAACUUCUCCGUCAGCUUGGCUCUCUAUGCUCUCUUCCUCUUCUAUUUCGCCACCAUGGAGCUCCUGCGACCCUUUGAGCCGGUCCUUAAAUUCCUCACCAUCAAGGCAGUCAUCUUCCUCUCUUUUUGGCAAGGGAUGUUGCUGGCUAUCCUGGAGAAAUGUGGGGUGAUCCCAGAGGUUCAGAUCAUCGAUGGGAACACGGUGGGAGCCGGGACGGUAGCAGCCGGCUACCAGAACUUCAUAAUCUGCAUCGAAAUGCUGUUUGCUGCCAUCGCCCUCCGAUACGCUUUCACCUGCCAGGUGUACAGGGAGAAGAAGGAAAGUGCGACAUCAAACCUUGCCCCGAUGCAGAGCAUCUCCAGUGGUCUGAAGGAGACCAUGAGCCCCCAGGACAUUGUCCAGGAUGCCAUCCACAACUUCUCCCCAGCGUACCAGCAGUACACACAGCAGUCCAUGCAAGAGGCUGGCGAGCCGGGGCAGAACGGGCACGUGGAGCCCAAAACUGAUGGCCAACACAUCAAGAAGAGCAAGAACAUCGAGAAGAGGGUGCUGAUAAUCUCUGACGACGAGCUAUAGGGCACGUCUCGCAGGUGGGAACCAUGGUGGGUUUUGUAGGAAAGACCUCCUUGCCACCUUCCAGCUCAGUUGCUGCAGACAGAACUGGAUGUCAGAUGGGCUGGCCGACGUGAGAGAAAAUGGAGGUGUCGCCACCAAUCCCGUCAAUUGGCUAUUGCCUCGAGAAGGCUCAAAUACUUGGAAAGUUGGUUUUUCAAGCCCUCCCACGUCUUCGCGUUUCCUCAGCCUUUGCGCUCAACCCAUUGUGUGAGCCUUUUCCUCCUGCUUUUGGGGAUGCGCCGUGAGGACACAAAAUGGCGGCAUGUUCCGGAAAGUUCCAAGAGGUUCUGGAAGAUGGCUUAGAAUGCCUCCAGCCUCUCUCCUAUUGGCUGAAGCAAAGAUAGUGUAUGUGGGGACGACUUUUCUCAGUUGGACUCUGAGCGACAGCUCUGGGCCCAAGAUGGGAGUGGGUUGGGGACUGGCUUGGAAGAACGGGGAAAGGCCAGGAUUGCGGGACCAGAAGUAAUGGUUUUGAAUGAAAACUGUGCCCCAACAGCAAUAUAGUCCGGGUUUGGUCCUGUGGGAAGGAAUGAAACUAACCGAAACUAACCGUUUGAAAGCAAUGGAUCCAGCUCAGUCACAUGUGAAUUAAUAGGCAGAAAUCUGGGGGAGGAGAGGCCUUUGAGGGGGCAGCUGCAAUGGCUACAGCUGAAAGCAGAGGCAAGUGGGAGGUGAGGAACUCCUUAUGGAGCAAAUGAAGACUUCAAGGAAGCUUAAAAAUUGCUAUUCCUAGUCCAUUCUUGGUGCUAAAGAAAAACCUUUUUUUAAAAAUAUAUCAAAAAAUAUAUAUGGUGUGUUGGUUGAACCCAGAUCUAUCUUGGUUAAAGCCAUUUUAGAAAGACUGAUCUGCCAUGGAUCAGGAAUUCUGGCCCUGUAUCGGAUUGGUGGUGGUGGAAUUGAAACUGUUUCCUGGAGAGGAACGCUGAGGACAGUUUGACCACACAGUAGAAAGAAUGGUGGCAGAAAUCCUUGCUGGAUUUAACACAGACAUACACCGUGUGGGCUCAGUUCUGGCACCCACCGUUGUGGAAAUUCCAUACAUAUAGGGGGCAGCAUAAGAACUGCCUAUGGCUCUCCCCUUGGAAUGUAGAACGUGUAGAAAGGAAGACCAGCCUAUGGACCUCUAAUCUUGUGCGACUCCCAACUCCCCAUCAGCUCCAGAGAGCAUGGCCGAUAGUUGUAGUUUCCGAGUCACCUUCAAAGGUAGAGAACAUUGCAGUAGCCCAAGCAGGACAUAACCAGAGCAUGUACCACUCUGGUGAGAUAGUGCGUGGGCAGGUAGGGUCUCAGCCAGCAUACCAGAUGGAGCUGGUAGACAGCCACAUUGGAUGAGGAACUGGCCAUCUUCAUGGACAGUUGAGUGUCCAAAAUGACCCCCAGGCUGCACACCUGGUCCUUCAGGGACACAGUUACCCCAUUCAGGACCAGGGAGUCCCCCACACUUGCCCACCCCUUCCCCCAGAAACAGUUCUUCCAUUUUGUCGGGAUUCAACCUCAAUCUGAAGACCGUCGUCCAUACUCCAGACACUUGCACAGGACGUUCACUGCCUUCAGUGCUUCCGAUUUAGAGGGGUAGAACUGGUUAUCAUCCGCAUAUUGGUGGAUACUCAGCUCCAACUCCCUGAUGAUCUCUCCAAGUGGCUUCAUUGAGAUGUUCAAAAGCAUGGGAAGGGGGACAGAGCCCCGAGGCACCCCACAAGUGAGAGCCCAGGAAUCUGAACACCCAUCCUCCCAACAUCACUUUCUGGACACGGCCCAGGAGAAAGGAGCAGAACCAUUGUAUAACAGUGCACCCAACACCCAACUCCUCUAGAUGGUCCAGGAGGAUACCAGGGUCAAUGGUACUAAAAGCCACUGAGAGAUCCAGCGGAACCAGGAAACAGCUUUCACCUCUGUCCCUAGCCUGCAGGAGAUCAUUCAAGAUUCUGCUUGAACAGCACAACUUCUCUAUGCAGUGACAAAAUGUAUGUAAUGCUUUCUUCUUUGGAUGUUGAAUCUUCUACAGAGAGGUGGCAACUGCUGGGAGUGUAAACUUGUACAUUUUAAAUUAUUUAUAUAAAAAGGCUUCUAAUAAAAUAAAAAGGGGAAAAAACA